GAUCCUAGAGGUCACUUUGAAACGAUGAGAAAUGAACCGAAACUAUGGCAAAAGUGAGCAGGAUCCAGGAGGCUCCGAACUCAUUGAAAACUCGGUUCUUCGUGAGACUGAGAACGAAAUCAUUGAUCAGUUUACAAUCAAGAUCAACAACAAUUUGGACGACUUUGUUAUUCACUCUGAUUGCGAAGAUGAUCGGAAUGCCAUUUUGGAACUGUGCCGCCGGUCCAAAUUUUGCAAGCCUUCUUUCCUUCAAUCUUCUCUGGUUGAAAUGUGUCAAGUUCGAGGCAUCAACGAGAUGAGUGUUAACGCAUUGGAACAAUUCAUCAUUAUCUUGGGAGUAAUCUCUAUGUGUAUGGGGCUUUAUGUUGGACUGUGCAUCUUGGAAAAAAUCGUCCAUACUCUGAGUGAUAAAGAGGAACAGAAAUAUGACUGAUGAAAAAAAAACAUAUUUAGUUUCUUUGAAGUUGUCAGGGAGUUGUUCGGAUUGGGGUUAUCGACCUAAGUAAGCUCAGCAUUAUUUUUUGAACAUCUUCUGCAAAUGCUCUGUUUCACUGUUUUCUUCAGAGCUAAGAACAGAAAUUUAGAAUUUAGAAAUAAAAUGUGUCCUUGUAUGUUAUGUAUUUUAUAUGUAAAAUAUAACAGCUAACUGUUUUUAAA